AUAGCAUACCAGGGACAAGUGGAGGUACAAGCCCUGACGCCCACUGACGGUUGAAGGGACAAAGAUUCUUAGGGGCUGAUAAGACAUAAGCACACACACGUUUACAGAGAAGCAACAGAGAGAAGGGCUAAGAGCCUAAGGCUCCCACAACCACCAGCUUUAAAAGAAGGGACAAUUGAGGAGGGAGGCCUGCAAAGAAAAGGAGAAGGGAACCCUUAAGCCUAUCUAUACCUUCCUCCAAAUCCUGAUAUCAGUAGUCACUAGUUGCUGCCAUUCUCCCACAAGUUCUACUCUAUCAGAAACCACUACAAGAAUCAAUAUAGACAGUACAUCCAUAAUAAUCCCAUCCUCGAGCCACAAAUCAUUGAGAGGUGUUCCUAGAACAAGAGGGGUACCUGUGGAGGAUAGUGUGCAAUUACACAAGGCGUGGUCUGUGCAGAUUACAGAGCUCGGCUUCAGCUUUCUGCAUUGCUUUCGAUGGGGAGGCAUUCUUGCUGUUUCAAGCAGAAGCUGAGGAAGGGGCUGUGGUCUCCUGAGGAAGAUGAGAAACUUAUGAACCACAUAACCAAACACGGGCAUGGCUGCUGGAGUACUGUCCCGAAGCUUGCAGGGCUUCAGAGGUGUGGCAAGAGCUGCAGGCUGCGGUGGAUAAACUACCUGAGGCCUGACCUUAAAAGAGGUGCAUUCUCUCAGGAAGAGGAAGACCUCAUCAUUGAACUCCAUACUGUCUUGGGAAACAGGUGGUCUCAGAUUGCAACACGGUUGCCUGGAAGAACUGAUAAUGAGAUCAAGAAUCUCUGGAACUCAAGCAUCAAGAAGAAGCUGCGGCAGAAAGGCAUUGACCCCAACACCCACAAGCCCCUCACCGAGGUUGAUCGCAGCAAAGCAGCUCCAACAAUCAGUACUGAGAGAACCUCUGAGACCAGCGAUAUCGACCCUUCAAGUGGUGAUGCACUUGGCAACUUGAGUCAUCUUCUCAGUGAGACAGCACAAUCACCAGAGCUGCUGCCGGCUCUCGGUAAGAAUCACAAAGAAAUUACUAGCUUGGGACAUCUAAGAGUGCCGCCAAAGGAGUUAUUCCUCGACCAGCUUGUUUCUGGUCAUGAUAACCUCCCCAGCUGCCACUCAAUAGGCCCAAUUCCGAAUUUCCCUUUCCAGCAGCUGUCGUGCUAUAGAAAUGAAUUUGGUAGCAGGCACAGUGGUAGUACGAAUUCACUCUGGUUUAACCAGAAUGAGUCCAGUAGCAGCACAAUUUCCACUGCGAUGCCACUGGUUUCACCAUCAACUCUCUCAGCAUCAACAGGGCUCAAUAGCUCACCAGACAAUCCACACUCUGGAGGCAUUGGCAUCCAGAGUACCCAAUUCUACUGGGAUACUACUAAUCCUAGCAGCAGCAGCAGUAGAGGAAGCAGUGGAAGCAGCGGCUUGGGAUUUGAGCUGCAAAGCACAAGCUCACUUCUGGAGAAUAGUGUCUUCCCAUGGACAGAUUUAGCACCAGAUAAAAAUAGCCAAGUUCACCUGGAGGAAGAACUCAAGUGGCCUGACUUGCUCCAUGGAACCUUCACGGAUACACCGGUAACCAUGCAGAAUCUUAGCCAAUCACUAUAUGAAGAUGUGGUCAAAGCCGAGAGCCAAUUCAACAUGGAGGGGCUCUGUGCAGCUUGGUCUCAAAAUCUGCAGCCACCGCAACAUCUGCAGGUAGUAUCAGAUUUGUAUGACAAGGAUUUGCAGAGAAUGUCCUUAUCUUUUGAGAAUAUAUAGGCAACAUGUUCCAGCCUGCAAGGAACAGAGCAAUAGAAGAAAACUGAGUUAAGGAAGCCUAGAAAACACAAUGUUUCUUCACAGAUUUAUUGCAGGCUACGUGGAAGUGUUUGCUUAGGUACAUUCUUGUGAUGAUACAGAGAUCAGAUAACUAUUCAUCAGCUAGAGAUAUUUUAGUACAUGGAAAAAAGGAGAUAAAGUAUGAAUUUAUUUUACAAUAUAAUGUAUAGAGUGUAGACAAGUACGUCCCAGAGUUUACCUUCCUUUCACUUGAAAGUUGCUGUCUUUAUCUGUACAUGCAUGCAGCUAGACAUUUUGUAUUCGUGAGUCAUGGUUGAUCUUUUUCUACCAAAUAAAUACAAGCAAGAAUGAGGAAAACUGCAUUUGUCA